CGCCCAGCCCAGCCGGACCCUCUCCAUGGCCGCAGGCGACUACCGGUGCAACCAGACCCUGAGGCUCGAAGCAGGCCAGUCGGUGCUGCCCAGCUCGUUACUCUUCGCGGCGGGGCUGCUGGGCAACGUGUUGGCGCUGGGGCUCCUGUGGCAGCACCAUCUGAAGGCGAAGUUGCAGCGCGGCCAAGGGCGUCCCCGGGCGUCCCCCUUCUACCUCCUGGUGAGCGCCCUGGCCGCGACGGACUUGCUGGGCAAGUGUUUGCUGAGCCCAAUCGUGCUGGCCGCCUAUGCUCACAACCGCAGCCUCAUCGACCUAUGGCCGCCCACCGCAAGCACCGAAGUCAGCCAGCCCGAAGAGGGACCGAUCCGCUCCCCCGGCAAGCUGUGUCAGCUGUUCGCCUUCCUCAUGGCUUUCUUCGGCCUGGCGUCCACCACGCUGCUGCUGGCCAUGGCCCUGGAGUGCUGGCUCUCGCUUGGCCACCCGUACUUCUACGAACGCCACACCAGUAGGCGCUGGGGCGCGCUGCUGACCGUCGCGGCGGGCGCCCUUUGCGCUCUGUUUUGCGCGCUGCCAUUCCUGGGCUUCGGCAGCAACGUCCAGUACUGUCCAGGCACGUGGUGCUUCAUUCGCAUGGCAGGCGGGGGAUGGGUCUAUUCGGCGCUCUACGCCAGCCUGCUGGGCGUGCUGGUGCUGGCCGUCGGCCUGUGCAAUCUGGGCAGCAUGAGGAGUCUCUACCGGAUGGCGCGUCGCCAGCCCCCGCGCAGGACCCACCCGGCUGACCAGGGCGCAGCCGUGCCUCUCAGACCCCCUUGCGCCUCCAGGCGCACCGAGGAGCUGGGCCAGCUGGUCCUGCUGGCGCUCAUGACCGCCCUUUUCACCAUCUGCUCCCUGCCAGUGAUCAUCCGAGCAUACAUUGGAGCUUUUGCCCCAGAUGCAAAUGAGGCAGCAGAUCUUACAGCCCUCCGUUUUUUCUCUGUGAACUCCAUUGUGGACCCCUGGGUCUUCAUCAUUUUUCGGACAUCCAUAUUUCGCAAUUUUCUCCAGCGGUUCUCUGGGAGGCUGAGUUUGAAGAAGGAUCUCCAUUCUCAGCCCCUGGAAACUUGGCAGAGGAAAGAAUCCAAUACCAUACAAUAAAUGGACUGGAGCUGGAGAUGAUGCAACUGGACUUCUUUUUGUGGCACAUCAUGGUCUUCAAAGCCAAAGUGUUGCAAGUCAAUGUUUAUUAAGGUUGAAAGGAGGGACCAAGAUAACUCCAUGGUACUGGCUAUACCUUCAUUUGUAGACUCUGUUCCAGAGUCUUGAAAAACCCAAGAUGCAGUUGUCAAAGGAUUCAUUCACAUUAACAAUUUACUUGACCAGUGGGGUCCAUUUGCACA